GCGCGGGGCGGAACUGAGGGAACAGCGACUCCCCGGACAAACAGAGUUUCACUGCUUAGACACACAACAUUCCUCUCUUUACAACUUUUCUCUCUACACAACAUUUCUCUCAAAUAUUAUUUUUUAAAGUACAAGAAAAACAAACAACCAUGGCAGAUGGUGAUAUGGAGAGUAUUGUCCCUAAUGUCCAAAACAUCGGGAGUGAAACCGGUGCACUAGUGGAAGUCAAGUUUCAGAAAACCCCCUAUCAAACCCAGAAGUACCUGGAGGGAGAACCCAAAGCUUUGGGGGUAACACAAAUUAUGCUGACUAUCUUUUUCAUAAAUGUCAUAUGUUUGAACUGGAGGAACCAUCAUUCCUCAGAAACAAUCAUCAUCAGCAUUGUCUUUUCUUUAGUUAGCAUUGCAGCUGGUAGUGCUGCAAUAAAAGCACAGAAUCUCCACCUUACUGCACUGAAGGCCUGCUUGGGGUUCCAGGUUUUGGCAUGUGUGUUCUCAGUGAUAUGCUUUAUCAUCAGCUCAACUCUAUUGGUGGAACCUUACAUUGUACACUUCUGCUGGUUCGACUUUAACAAUGAAAAUUCCACAUUAGCAAGAAACAUGUGCAACAGAAUGGGGCACAUCUAUUCGCAUAUCUCAGGAAUAGAGAUGCUCGUGCAGGUGGCUCAGAUCGCUCUCUCUGCCACAUUGGCUGCGUACUGCUGCAAAAUAAUUCAGUGCUGCUCACCAAGGAGCAAUGUGCCUGUCAUUGCAGUGAAUGUGCCCUCCACAGAGCCACAGCCCAUUUAACUGAAUCAUUUAAAUGAUGUUUUACACACUUGCAUAAUAAAUGAAAUUACAAUAUGCAUAUAUUUGUUACAUGUAUACAAAUUUGGUAAAAUAUAAAGAAAAAAAAAAAAAGGACUAUUAGUAUUGUACUGUCUUCAUUAAAGACAAUGCCUAUGAAAAACAAUAAAGUCAAAUAAAGAGGUUUUAGGAAAUAUAUAUACCAACUUAUUUUAUAUAUAUUACACAUUAAAAUGAUCACAAUUUUGUUUCUCGCAAAUUUAUAAAGUCUUAUUUAGCUUGAAGAUAUUUAUCUUGUAUCUCGUGCUUAAGAAGCUGUCUGAUAUAUAUUUUACCCAGCAGGUGGCAUUGUUUCUUUGUGUAUCUUGUUUUAAUGAAAAAUAGCUGUGCAAUAAUAAAGUGAGUCGAUUGUU